GAAGAAAGGAAACUGCUGCCCCCUCUGGGAAUAGGCAUCAUAAUUAUAUAGGAAGCGGAACAGUCUGCCAUCUGUUAGAGCUGGAGCUGGCUGCAUGCGGGUCACACAUGCCCGUUAAUGUGCAGUGAACAACUGGUCCUACCAUGGAUGUGGAUGUCUGACACUGUUUGCAAGAGUAAGAAGAGGAAGCAGCCAUGUCAGAGAAGAAGCCACGAGGUUCGGACACGCGUCCAAAAUGUGGCCUCCGCAGUUGGAGUGCAGACAGUUAUAUUUGGCGGAGGAAGAAACGCUCCCGGAGCUCUCGCAACGGGUCGAGUCCCGGAGGACUGGAGGCGGAGGGGACGGAGGAGCUUGGUGUGCGGUCCACAUCCUGUCCGAGGUGGCGCAGAGAGAGAAAGUGUAGCUGCAGCACUCUCGGGGAUGCAUUGACAUCUGCAGACAUUGAUGUAGUGUGUCGGAAAGCCCUGUCCCGCCGCUCUCUGCGGCAGAAGUUUCAGGAUGCUGUUGGCCAGUGUUUUCCUCUGCGCUCUCACCAUCACCACCACCACCACCAUCACCACCACCACCAUCCAUCGGGCUCCUCGCGACCCUUCUCAGUGCUCUUCUGGUCCAAACGCAAGAUCCACGUCUCAGAGCUCAUGCAGGAAAAGUGUCCCUUCUCGCCCAAAUCUGAACUGGCCCGAUGUUGGCACCUUAUCAAAAAUCAUGCCACCCAUCCAAGUGCUCUCAAGGACGUGGACAUGGAGGCUCCCCUCAAACCCAAUGCCUCAUCUUCCUCUUCCUCCCCACCCCAGACCCCUCUCUCCUGGGAGGAGAUCUGCUGCUCUCCUGGGCCUGGAGGUACCAGUCUGGAGGACUGGAACCCUUCUUGUCCUCACGGAGGAGCAGAUGGCAGCUGUGGCCACACUGACUACAUCCUGGUCCCAGAUCUCCUCCAGAUCAACAACAGCUCCUGUUACUGGGGUGUGUUGAACCGCUUUGAGGCAGAGGAUCUGCUGGAGGGCAAACCGGAGGGAACGUUUCUUCUCCGAGACUCAGCCCAGGAUGAGUUCCUCUUCUCAGUCAGCUUCCGUCGCUACAGCCGCUCCCUGCACGCACGCAUUGAGCAGAAUGACAAGCGUUUCAGCUUUGAUGUGCGCGACCCGUGCAUGUACCGGGAUCCAAGUGUGACAGGACUACUGAGACACUACAGUGACCCGGCAACCUGCCUCUUCUUUGAGCCCCUUCUUUCCCUGCCGCUACCACGGACCUUCCCUUUUACCCUCCAGCACCUGUGCAGGGCUGUGAUCUGUAGCCACACCACCUACCAGGGCAUAGAUAACCUGCUGCUGCCUCCUCAGCUCAGGGACUACCUCCGACAGUACCACAUCAAGUGUGACGGGGCCUGCGCUGUGUGACGGUCCAAAGCAGGCCUCAUACCGUGAUAGGCAAAGAUAGGACAAGCAAAGGCAGGUUCUCUUUGCAAAGAGACAAGAGUAUUGCCAAUGAAUUCCAAGUACACUUGCUGUUGCAGAUCUUUGAAGUCUAAACAUUGCAGAACUGGAUAGUUCUGUAAGAUGUUUGUUGAUCUAGAUGAGUCUAGAGAAAGGAUCAUUAAACCAACAAAGCCUUCUCUACAGGUCUGAACUCAUCUACUGUAGGAACUCAAGGACAUAAUGUCUCUUCAUCUAGUACUAUGGGGUAGUUUGAAGGCCUUGAAUAUUGGCUUUCUGCUUGCGGCCAUCUUGACAGCUACUUGAGCCAAGUUAAGAGACACAUGUAAUUAAUAGGCAAUCAUGCCCCAACAUACUUGCCUUAAUAUUCUUAAUGGAGUAAGGAUUCUCACCAAGACAUUAAACUGUAACCCUCACUCUUUGUGGAAUAUUGACUCACGUUUUCCUCUUGACUUCAAUGCAAUCAGCUUUGUCUUGUUUGGGCAUCAUGUCUAUCCAGUGGCCACUAGAGGAACUGCACCUUUCAUGGUUUCCUGGCUGAGACCAUACCUUCUUUAAUGUAACUUAAUGUCAUAAAAAUGUGAUUCUUUGCAAUUAUUGUUGUCCUGCACUAAACCACUGCUGUCAAAGGUUCAAGGUACAGAGACUCCAACUGCAUCUAGUCAUAUCAAAAAUUAUUACUUCCUCAGUAACUUUCCAACUAAACAACAUUUAGACCUAUUCCCUUGAUAGGGUAAAAUGGUACAGUGUGGCCCUUUCCAACAUUGCCAUAUAAAAACUGUUGUAGUCAAACUAAUCACAACAUUCAAACUACAUCUCCCUCCAGAGACUUUGUGUGAAGACUGAAGUUGAGAACCCUGUUUACUUUCUCAUGGGAACGUCGGGCAAACUGAAGACGAGAGGACUGUUUUUAUUUGAUACAUGAAACAGGUUCAAGCUCUCAGUAUCAGUAUGGGUGACAGAAAAAGAGACGUAGCUGAUAAAUUGGUUCAAAUAUUGUAGACGUCACAAAUGUCUUCAUAUGCUUUCCCAACAUUUCUGUGUCUUACCAAGGACUUAAACUAAUUCAAUGGGACUGCAUUCUUCUCUUCAGCCACAAGAUGGUGGCCCAGCCGCACCGAUCAGAGCUUUUGGACCGACUUCGUCUACUCACUUGUCGUUCUUCACACAACUCAGCCGCUUCUUUAACAUUCAGUCUUAAAGCUCCUGUGUAAAUGAAUAUAUGAACAGAAAUUGUGCCUCUACAGUUUUCACAAGUUUUGCUAUUGGAAUAACUGUUUACAUGUUGGAGUUAUGGUGGGCCUGAGAGCUCAGGGAACUGCACCUUGAAUAAAACACAUGCACGUAGACAAAGGGAGACAUUUGACAGCACAUGUUCAACAUUUAGAAAGAGAAAGCGCUGCAAAUUGAGAAAACACAACCAAAUA